AUGUAUGUGGCGUCCACUGCUGUAUAUCUGGCAGAAAUUGUAAAGAUAAUUGCAUGCCUUGCAGUAAUUUUAUAUCAAGCAAGAUCAUUUAGACGAUUUUGGUAUAUAGUGCAAAAAGAAAUUCUUGGACAACCCCAUGAAACAUUGAAAAUGUUCAUUCCAUCUGCGUUAUACGCAUUGCAAAAUAAUUUAUUAUACGUGGCAUUAUCAAAUCUCGAAGCGGCCACAUUUCAAGUCACAUACCAGAUGAAGAUCCUUUCAACUGCGAUAUUCUCUGUUGUACUUUUAGAACGAAAAAUUACAAACUUUAAGUGGUUUGCAUUGGUUCUGUUAAUGAUUGGAGUAACUCUCGUACAAUUGCAAACCGUUACCCCAGUGAAAUCAACGACUAAAACCUUUAAUACAAAUGGUUUUAAAAAAGAGUCAAAUGUGGCCGCCACUACUGCAGCUCAAUUGCUCUUGGCACAAAAUCCAUUAAUAGGACUAUUUGCAGUUAUAACUUCAUGUGUUUCAUCAGGAUUUGCCGGAUGUUACUUUGAAAAGAUCUUAAAAAAAACCGAAACAAGUAUGUGGAUUCGAAAUGUUCAAUUAGGAAUCACUGGUGCCCUAUUUUCUCUUAUUGGCAUGAUUUUUUACGAUUCCUAUGCAAUAAUGAAUGAUGGAUUCUUACAAGGGUAUGAUUCACUUACUUACGCUGUAAUAGCUAAUCAAGCGUUAGGUGGUCUUUUAGUGGCAAUUGUGGUAAAAUACGCUGACAAAUAUAAUUUAUUAGAAGAAAUGCCGGCGGUAUUUGACGAACGUGCUUUUGUUGAGCGAGAUAUAGGUCAAGACAUAAAAAAUCGCAUAACUCCAUCAAAAGAUGAAACUAUUACUUUAAUAAUUAUUGGAGUUUACAUACUUAUCGAAGGGAUUAAGAUUGAUCCUGACGAAGGUAUUACUGUUUUUUUCGUACUAAUUAUUGUUGCUUUAUGGAUUAUUGAGAAAGGCGUGGGAUUAAGAUAUUUUGUGCUGUUUGUUGG